UGGGAGCCUCGGCAGCCUGGGAAGAGGAGAUUCAGAGUCCAGAUGUUGCUGUAACAGGGAGAGGGGUCCGUAAUUACUGCUGGGGCCAGAGAGUUUGCCUUGCCUCCCCUGGGGGCCGCGGGAGUGAGGAUUACGGUCCUGGCUCCUAUGGUCCCUCCUUCCUCCAUCUGCACUUCCUCCUCCCUCCCGCCCCCCAAUAAAUCUCAGGCCCCUCCCUUCGCCCGUCCCCAGGAUCUGACGUGGACUCGACACCUUUCUCAGCUUCUCCCUCCGCAGCUCUAGUGCCCGAGCUCGGGCUCUCUAGGUUCCGCAGCCCCCUCUGCUCCCCGCCAAGCCCCUCUAGAGCCCAGUAGAUCCCCGACCCCACCCCAGGCCCCUCACAAGCUGUCUUGCUUUUUCCCAGCUGGAUCACACCUUGGGAUCCAGCCAGCCUGGUGGACCCAGGCGCCCGACGGGAGGGUAACCCAGGAGGCCCGGUCCUUCGGCCCUCUCGGCUCCACCCCCUGCAGCUGGAGCCGCGCCCCCUCUCCCUCAGAUCCCGGAGCAGAGAACAGAGGAGAUUGGGCAAAGAGGGUUGGGCUCCCGGCGACCCCCCAGCCCAAUUCUGCCCCUCCAUCCCAAGGGGUAGAGAAAUUGUCUUCCUUGCUAACUGCCAGGAAGAAAAAUAAUAAAGGGGAAGAUAGAGACAGAAGAAAGGUGACAGCUAGAUUAUUUAAGAGAGGCGCAGAGACGAGAAAUCAGUGUGAGUCGCCAUGGGGACUCCCAAGGCCCAGCAUCAACCGCCUCCCCAGCUGCUGUUCCUAAUUCUGCUGAGCUGCCCCUGGAUUCAGGGUCUGCCCGUGAAAGAGGAGGAGGCACUGCUGGAGCCUGGAAGCGAGACCCCCACGGUAGCCUCCGAGGCCUUGGCUGAGCUGCUCCAUGGGGCCCUGUUGAGGAGGGGCCCAGAGAUGGGCUACCUGCCAGGAUCUGAUCCGGACCCCACGCUAGCCACCCCUCCAGCCGGCCAGACUCUUGCAGCACCCUCCCUGCCACGGGCCACUGAGCCAGGGACAGGGCCUCUGACAACAGCCGUCACCCCUAAGGAGGGUAGGGGGGCAGGCCCCACCGCGCCCGAGCUGCUGACCCCGCCCCCAGGAACUACAGCCCCACCCCUUUCUGGCCCCACCUCCCCAGGCCCGCCCCUUGGGCCUGAGGGAGGAGAGGAGGAGACGACGACCACCAUCAUCACCACAACAACUGUCACCACCACGGUGACGAGCCCAGUUUUGUGUAAUAACAACAUCUCCGAAGGUGAAGGGCAUAUUGAGUCUCCAGAUUUAGGAAGCAGCACCAGCCGCACCUUGGGACUCCUGGACUGCACAUACAGCAUCCAUGUCUACCCGGGCUACGGCAUUGAGAUCCAGGUGCAGACGUUGAACCUGUCUCGGGAGGAGGAACUCUUGGUGCUGGCUGGUGGGGGAGCCCCAGGCCUGGCCCCCCGACUGCUGGCCAACUCCUCCAUGCUGGGAGAAGGACAGGUCCUUCGGAGUCCAACCAACCGGCUGCUCCUGCACUUCCAGAGUCCUCGAGUCCCAAGGGGCGGUGGCUUCAGGAUCCAUUAUCAGGCCUACCUCCUGAGCUGCGGCUUCCCUCCCCGGCCAGCCCAUGGGGACGUGAGUGUGACAGACCUGCACCCUGGGGGCACGGCCACCUUCCACUGUGAUUCAGGCUACCAGCUGCAUGGUGAGGAGACGCUCAUCUGCCUCAAUAGCACCCGGCCGGCCUGGAGCGGUGAACCCCCCAGUUGCAUGGCAUCCUGUGGUGGCACCAUCCACAAUGCUACACUGGGCCGCAUCGUGUCACCUGAGCCCGGGGGAGCUGCAGGGCCCAACCUCACCUGCCGUUGGGUCAUCGAAGCAGCUGAGGGACGCCGGCUGCACCUGCAUUUCGAGAGGGUCUCGCUAGAUGAGGACAAUGACCGGUUGAUGGUGCGCUCAGGGGGCAGUCCCCUGUCCCCGGUCAUCUAUGACUCUGACAUGGAUGAUGUCCCUGAGCGGGGCCUCAUCAGUGACGCCCAGUCCCUCUAUGUGGAGCUGCUUUCAGAGACUCCUGCCAAUCCCCUGCUGCUAAGCCUCCGGUUUGAAGCCUUUGAAGAAGAUCGCUGCUUCGCCCCCUUCCUGGCACACGGCAAUGUCACCACCACAGACCCUGAGUACCGCCCAGGGGCGCUGGCUACCUUCUCAUGCCUCCCGGGAUAUGCCUUGGAGCCCCCUGGUCCCCCCAACGCCAUCGAAUGUGUGGAUCCCACAGAACCCCACUGGAAUGACUCCGAGCCAGCCUGCAAGGCCAUGUGCGGAGGGGAGCUGUCGGAGCCGGCUGGUGUGGUGCUCUCUCCAGACUGGCCCCAGAGCUAUAGCCCCGGCCAGGACUGCGUGUGGGGCCUCCAUGUCCAGGAGGAGAAGCGCAUCUUGCUCCAAGUUGAGAUCUUGAAUGUGCGCGAAGGGGACAUGCUGACACUGUUCGACGGGGACGGUCCCAGCGCCCGAGUCCUGGCCCAGCUGCGGGGACCUCAGCCGCGCCGCCGCCUCCUCUCCUCUGGGCCGGAUCUCACGCUGCAGUUCCAGGCGCCGCCCGGUCCCCCAAACCCCGGCCUGGGCCAGGGUUUCGUGUUGCACUUCAAAGAGGUCCCCAGGAACGACACGUGCCCCGAGCUGCCACCGCCGGAGUGGGGCUGGAGGACGGCUUCCCACGGGGACCUGAUCCGGGGCACCGUGCUCACUUAUCAGUGCGAACCGGGAAAGCCCUUCGGGCUCCACGCUCCGCUGGGGCCCCGCCCACUUCCCUCUGCGCCCCGCCUCCGGCCUUUGUCCCCGCCCCUAUCCUGUCCAGGUUCCGUCCCUUCUCUCUGGGUCGCUCCGCCCUAUGCCCUUGGUACCCGAAACUGUGCCCUCUGGACCUCAGUCUCACCCUCUCGGGCCGCCUCCCACUCUCUGGCACUGCUCUGGUCUCGGACCCCGUUUCCUCUGGGUCCUGCUUCAUCUUUCCAAGGCCCCUCCACUGUUCUUCGUUACCCAGAGCUCCACAGCUGUGCCCGAGGGGUUCCAGCCCUGCCGUUCCCUGAGUCUUUUAAGGCACGAGCUCCCCUUGACUUCGCCCUCCUGCCAACAGUCAUGACUUGUGCUGAUCCUGGUGAGAUCACCAAUGGGCACCGUACCACCUCGGACGCUGGCUUCCCUGUUGGCUCCCAUGUCCAGUACCGCUGUCUGCCCGGGUACAGCCUAGAGGGAGCCGCCGUGCUCACCUGCUACAGCCGGGACACAGGCACCCCCAAGUGGAGUGACCGGGUCCCCAAGUGCGCCUUGAAGUACGAGCCGUGCCUGAACCCAGGGGUGCCGGAGAACGGCUAUCAGACGCUGUACAAGCAUCACUACCAGGCGGGCGAGUCUCUGCGCUUUUUCUGCUAUGAGGGCUUCGAGCUCAUCGGCGAGGUCACCAUCACCUGUGUGCCCGGCCACCCCUCACAGUGGACCAGCCAACCCCCACUCUGCAAAGUGGCCUAUGAGGAGCUCCAGGACAACCGAAAACUGGAAGUGACCCAGACCACAGACCCAUCAAGACAGCUGGAGGGAGGGAACCUCGCCUUGGCCAUCCUGCUGCCCCUAGGCCUGGUCAUUGUCCUGGGCUGUGGCGUUUACAUAUACUACACCAAGCUGCAGGGAAAAUCCCUCUUUGGCUUCUCGGGCUCCCAUUCCUACAGCCCCAUCACCGUGGAGUCAGAUUUCAGCAAUCCACUGUAUGAAGCUGGGGAUACACGGGAGUAUGAAGUUUCCAUCUGAACCCCAAGACUAAGGCUGCAGGACCCAGACGUCCCUCCCCUCCUCAUUCUGGGCGGGAGGAGUGCAGGACCUGGUCUCUGGCUCCUUCCUUCCUGUUGUGUAAAUAGUCUCCUGGUCCCACAAGGGGGCUUUGUUGGCCCUGGGGACCCUACAGUAAAUAAACCAGCAUCCUGUCACCCAAAACCUCCUCUUCUCAGUUGCCAAAUAAGGGGCCUCCCCCACCCUACUGGCUUUUGGAUCCUGGCAUGGGAACUCAGUUCCACUACAACGCCUGGGGCCCCUCCAGCCCAGGGUACCUCAUAAGGACUGCCCCCCGAGAGCUCCGCUGUUCCCUUGGCCAUGAAGACUCUGACCUUCCCAGAUGCUCUGGCCCCCAGCCUAACCCCUGGGCUUGGAGGGUCAGAAGGAUGAAGGGGGAGCCGGGACAAGGCCCCUGUGCCCUUCCUGCCAUCUACUCAACCCACAGUCUCUCCACCUUUGCUUCUGGAUUUUUGUUUUUGAGCAAUAAACUGGAAAUCACCAUU